AUGCAUUUCACCAGUACCAUUAUCACAGCCCUCCUCCUUGCAUCCUCGGCCCUGGCCCAAAGCCAAAGCCAAUGCGUCACCAACUGCGAAACAUCCAAUCUCGAAGUCUCCGCAUGCGAAGGCGAUGAAACGGGCCAGGCACUCGCCGACUGCACCUGCGCGUCGUUCCAGGGCCCAUCCGAUCCCAUGCUUGUCUGCAUCAAGUCGUGUCCUGCGGCUGAUGUCGCCGCAUUCGCUGCUGGCAUUCCGGCUGAGUGUCGGGAUAAACUGCUUCCUGAUGUUAGUGUUGCGUCUGGCAGUGGUAGUGGCACGGCCAGCCCAACACGGACGGAGAGUACGUCCUCUGCUGCCACUACUGCGGGCUCGAUGACUACUACUGGUGUUGCGGCCACCCGGACUACAACUCAUGCGACUACUACUGCGUCUGCCUCGUCGUCUACGCAGACUGGGCUUGCUGUCGUACACCAGCCGGCGGGAAUGGUUAUGGCUGUUGGCGUGUUGGCGGCAUUUGCGAUUUGA